AUGGCAUCUGUGACCCCAAUAGAGCGGGAAGAAAAGUUCCAAUCUGUCUUUGCUCGCGAAGCUGACAAGAGACGAAAGUCGACUGGAGUCAAGAAAGACGCUAAUAACGUGGUUCAAAGAGAUGACAAGGUAUCAACACCAGGUAUCUUUCGGCGCAUAGCGACUAGUGUAUCCAGGGCCGAGAGCUUUGUCCUGCCUAGAGACAGUCCUCAAAAAGCGUAUAUAGCGCCGUUGUAUCCGAACAUCUUCUCAAUUGAAGCUACAGCGCAAGAACGCUCGAUUUCGGGCAACGAGGAAAUUCUCCUACUAGCAGUUAAAAACGCAAGCCCCAGGGGUGAGAUUGAGCCAUUGAAUCUACGAUGGAUGCACCUACCGCAUGAAGGGAUCGAAUUCGGGGCGUUUCUGAGGAGUGCCCUAGAAGCAUAUGGACUCGGGAAGCAGGCUGAGGCCCUCACCACAUCUCAGUUCCUUGAACAAGCUCUAUCUUCUUUCCAAACAUCUUCGUUCCAAGGCAAACGCUUCCUGGCUUGCUCUGUAUGCAAGAAAGUGAUCUUACCCGGACAUUCUGACGAAACCAGGAUCAAUAUGAUAGCAGUGCCGUACUUUUGGCGUGGAAAAAUACCGGAAAGAAGGAACAGAUUCCAUAACUCCAAAGCUCACUGGACUCAGGCCCUGGUUCAGUCUGCCUACCAUCUAGACUCUUCCAUAUCUCGCGAGAGCCAACAAGCAAUUCGACGCCUAUAUAACCAUGUACCCGAUUUGAUCCAUGUUCCGCAGCUUUGGAUACUCACUAUCGGUAAUAAAUUUAUUGCGACAUGCUCGCCCACGGCUAUCUACGAUAAUUCGAGGUCAUCAAUCACGACUUGCACAGUUGGAAGACACCCGUUUCCCCCCACAAUAUGCGUCACUAUGAGCUCUGGUUUCACCUUCUGUCUCAGGCGUGACCAAUGUAGGGUGUGGUUUGCGUUCUUAUACCGAGUCAAUCUUAUUCUGGAAACGACCAUGGAUACUCGCAUUGAUCCUAGACGUUGCGUGUACAGUCUCCAGGAAGAUGGCAGUCUCAUUGACGGGAACCGUUGGCCAUCAAUACUGCAGUCUCACCACGACAGGGAGCCACUUGCAAUUCUAGUUUCUUCUGAAGCAUCCAUGUCUCAUCAAAGGUUACCAGUGGCAAUCCCGCUGCAAGGGAAAUACGAUUGGACCUCCCGAAAAGAUGACCGUAGGGAGUAUCCCAAGGCUAGCCUGGAAGUACUUAGCCCACAGACGCUAGAUGAGUACAAAAUACCCUAUUAUUGGGACACGCCAAAGUUCGGGGGAGAUAGAGACCUCAUUAUUGCACAAUAUCUUACAGAGUUAGAUCUGAAGAUACUUUAUGAUCAUACCAGACGACUACGUGCCAUGGAAGAAACUGAUGCAUACUUCCAACGACCCACGCAUGACGAGGAUCCAUACUACGCACCGCCCCCAUACGUUCAGGAGGCUGUACGGGCUCAGGUCGAAGCCGAAAGGAUCCAAUCAAAGGGUCAACACAUACGCCACGAAGAUGGUAACGCCCAGAGCACGGCGAAGGCUCCUACAGGUAAUAAGGAUCCCAUUUUCACGUGGUCAAUCAAGACUAAAAAUACAAUCAACACUUAUCCAUACGCACUUGUGGACGAAAUAUCUCCAAGAGAAACACCCACGCCACAGCAGCAGAUGAGAGCACUGUUGGCGCAUAUGCACUACAAGAUGAUUUCUAGCUCGGAUGUGUUCACUGCACAAAGUUACAACAUCCUACCAUUGAAGACCAGGUCAGAUAUAGACAGAGAAAUGUACAGCCUGGGUAAGAGUGGCCACAUUGACGAUCACGUCUUUACUCUGCUUGCAUCAUUUGUAGGUCGCCUGAGUCGUGUUUUGGGGCAUUUUAUCGACGAAGACUAUGAUUGCAUUGUUAAAGGAAAGGUCUGGGCAGCAGCACAUCUCAUAAUACAGACGUUUGAUUUCAUUUCUGUGGAUGAGAUGUUCUCAUUCCACUGCGAGAUCUUUGCCAUUCCGCUUCAAGAAAUUAUAGACCGAAUUCAACAACUUCGCGAUGGUCUAUUCGGAGUUGAAGAUUUCUAUAUUUCAAAUUCAAUAAAAGAUGCAUUUGUCGAUAUUGUCAUACUCCUUGUGGAUACAUCUCAUGAGGCAUCCAGACUCAUGCGAAAGGUCAAGGAUGAUAUCAAAUGUAAGGAUCAGGCGGGCGAUGACAACAAGUCAGAACCUGCUAGCAUUAAUGGUGAAAUUCAGAAUUCAUCGACUUCAGCUGAACCGAGAGCCGAGUCAGCUGCUUCUCAAGAGCGCGGGAUACAGACGGAUGCUGUUCCAUAUGAAGACAUAGAAGAACGCUUCACAGCGCAUACACGAUCUUCGAGAUACAGCCCUCCGUUGCGCAAUCAAGACAAUACAUUUUCCAGGAGAAUGUGCCGCAAGACCAAUCGGAUAUAUGAAUCUCUUGAUCAUGCACAAGCUGAAUACUGCGCAAUGUUCCGUUCGGAAGACGACGUAGAAGACUCUACCUACAGCGGAGUAGACUGUGGGAGGAUUAUUCCUCUUGUCUUACAGUCUGUCCUACAGGGACAUUCAACCAGCACGUUUAUGCCUGAGCUGGAUAUUGAGGAGAUCUAUGUGACAUAUACCACUCAUUUGCAACUCAAAGCACGGAGCACACCUAGCAAAAACCUUCUUGUGGACAUGAACUUGCUCCGUGAAGAGCUAGGAAUAAUCUCCAAAAAUAUCUCUGAUCAGUUGUCCAUAAUAACAGCUCUAUGCACGCCCAACUCUUAUUCUUACGACGAUGAGAGUGACACAGUGUCCUAUACUGAGAGCAACGGGAAAUUGACACUCUUUGAAUAUUUAUUCUCUUCCACAUCUAACGGAAAUGGUGUGGUUAAUAUGUCGGCACGGAGAAUUCUCCAGGAGAUAAAGGUCGAGCUGCAGGAUAAACUGGAUGUAUUUGAAGAAUUGACAAAGCGUACAGAACAGCUAGAGAAACAGAUAUGCCAACGCGUUGAGAUCAUUCAAGAAGACCACGGCAAAGCGAUCCUCGUCUUCACUAUUGUCUCGACUAUCUUCCUACCCCUCUCGUUUGUCUCGAGCUACUUGGGCAUGAACACGGCUGAUAUACGGGACAUGGAGCCGAGCCAAGGGCUUUUCUGGGAGGUGGCUGGGCCGUUCACGUUUGUUGUUGUCGUUGUUGUUCUUGCGGUUGCAUAUAAUGUUAAUCGUAUUAUGGGGUUGAUACCUAGGGCAACUGGCGUUGUAUAG